CAAAAGCCAGACUAAAAGGGGAAAAGUCACACGGGCCUCAAGACUCGCUCAUUUUUGAUGCCUGCGGGCCACCGUAGAGUCUCUAUUGGCGUCACUGUCGGUGCGAUCGCGGGGCCUCUUGGGUAGGAGGGAGAUUCGGUCUCGGAACUCCGAAAGAUGGCGGACGCUUUCGGAGACGAGCUUUUCAGCGUUUUCGAGGAUGAUUCGACCACUGCGGCCGGAGCCAAAAAAGACAAAGAAAAGGAGAAGGAGAAAUGGAAGGGGCCACCAGGGGCCACGGACAAGGCCGGGAAACGACUGGAUGCCAAAUUACAGUCAGAAUCAGCCAGUGGUGUUAAAAACAAGAGAGAUGCAGAUGUUGAAGGCACAGAUGAACCAAUUUUUGGCAAGAAGCCCAGAAUAGAUGAAUCAAUUAAUGAAGACUUAAGUUUGGCAGACCUGAUGCCGAGAGUGAAGGUACAAUCAGUUGAAACAGUUGAAGGCUGUACACAUGAGGUUGCUCUUCCUGCAGAUGAAGAAUAUAUACCACUUAAACCUCGAGUUGGAAAGGCUGCAAAGGAAUACCCAUUUAUUCUUGAUGCUUUCCAAAGAGAAGCCAUUCAGUGUGUCGAUAAUAAUCAGUCUGUGUUAGUGUCUGCUCAUACAUCAGCAGGAAAAACUGUGUGUGCUGAGUAUGCAAUUGCAUUGGCUUUAAGGGAAAAGCAGCGUGUAAUAUUUACCAGCCCAAUUAAGGCUCUUAGUAACCAGAAAUACCGUGAAAUGUAUGAAGAGUUUCAAGAUGUCGGUCUGAUGACUGGAGAUGUCACUAUUAAUCCUACAGCAUCUUGUCUUGUUAUGACUACAGAGAUUUUGAGAAGUAUGCUGUAUAGAGGUUCUGAAGUUAUGCGAGAAGUUGCUUGGGUCAUAUUUGAUGAAAUUCAUUACAUGAGAGAUUCAGAGCGUGGUGUAGUAUGGGAAGAAACUAUUAUUUUGCUUCCAGAUAAUGUCCAUUAUGUCUUUCUUUCUGCUACUAUCCCGAAUGCUCGACAGUUUGCUGAAUGGAUUUGCCACCUACAUAAACAGCCCUGUCAUGUAAUUUAUACUGAUUAUCGACCUACUCCAUUGCAACAUUAUAUAUUUCCAGCAGGGGGAGAUGGCCUUCACCUUGUGGUCGACGAAAAUGGUGACUUCAGAGAAGAUAAUUUUAAUACUGCAAUGCAAGUGCUUCGGGAUGCAGGUGAUUUGGCCAAAGGAGAUCAGAAGGGACGGAAAGGAGGAACAAAAGGUCCAUCAAAUGUGUUCAAGAUUGUGAAAAUGAUUAUGGAAAGAAAUUUUCAACCUGUAAUUAUCUUCAGCUUUAGUAAGAAAGAUUGUGAAGCAUAUGCUCUUCAAAUGACUAAAUUAGAUUUCAACACAGAUGAAGAAAAGAAGAUGGUUGAAGAAGUAUUCAGUAAUGCAAUUGACUGCUUGUCUGAUGAAGAUAAAAAGCUCCCUCAGGUUGAGCAUGUACUUCCUCUUUUGAAGCGGGGGAUUGGUAUUCACCAUGGUGGUUUACUUCCUAUUUUGAAGGAAACUAUAGAAAUUCUCUUUUCUGAAGGAUUGAUAAAGGCCUUAUUUGCCACAGAGACUUUUGCUAUGGGAAUUAAUAUGCCAGCUAGAACUGUUUUAUUUACAAAUGCCCGUAAAUUUGAUGGGAAGGAUUUUAGAUGGAUUUCCUCUGGUGAGUACAUCCAGAUGUCUGGCCGUGCUGGAAGGAGGGGAAUGGAUGACAGAGGAAUUGUAAUUCUUAUGGUAGAUGAAAAGAUGAGCCCAACAAUUGGAAAACAACUACUUAAGGGCUCAGCUGAUCCUCUGAAUAGUGCUUUCCAUCUGACCUAUAACAUGGUCUUGAACUUAUUACGAGUAGAAGAAAUUAAUCCUGAGUACAUGCUGGAAAAAUCUUUCUAUCAGUUCCAGCAUUAUAGAGCAAUCCCAGGAGUAGUAGAGAAGGUCAAGAACUCAGAAGAGCAGUAUAAUAAAAUAGUGAUCCCCAAUGAAGAAAAUGUGGUUAUCUAUUAUAAGAUUAGACAACAACUUGCCAAACUGGGAAAAGAGAUUGAAGAAUAUAUUCAUAAGCCAAAAUACUGCUUACCAUUUCUACAGCCAGGUCGCUUGGUAAAGGUGAAAAAUGAAGGAGAUGAUUUUGGCUGGGGUGUAGUAGUGAAUUUCUCAAAAAAGUCAAAUGUUAAGCCUAACUCUGGAGAACUGGACCCUUUGUAUGUGGUAGAAGUGCUGCUGCGCUGCAGCAAAGAGAGCCUGAAAAAUUCUGCAACCGAGGCAGCAAAGCCAGCAAAACCUGACGAGAAAGGAGAGAUGCAGGUUGUCCCAGUUUUGGUGCAUCUCUUGUCUGCCAUCAGCACUGUUAGGCUUUACAUCCCGAAGGACCUUCGGCCUGUGGACAACAGACAGAGUGUUUUAAAGUCCAUACAGGAAGUUCAGAAGCGUUUUCCCGAUGGUGUUCCUUUGUUAGAUCCUAUUGAUGAUAUGGGCAUUCAGGAUCAAGGACUAAAAAAAGUCAUUCAGAAAGUAGAGGCUUUUGAGCAUCGAAUGUAUUCUCAUCCACUUCACAAUGAUCCAAAUUUGGAAACCGUGUAUACACUUUGUGAGAAAAAAGCACAGAUUGCAAUAGAUAUUAAAUCUGCAAAGCGAGAAUUGAAGAAAGCAAGAACUGUCCUGCAAAUGGAUGAACUCAAAUGUCGCAAACGUGUUUUAAGGAGGUUGGGCUUUGCUACGUCUUCUGACGUAAUAGAGAUGAAAGGACGUGUGGCUUGUGAAAUAAGCAGUGCUGAUGAACUCCUUCUAACAGAGAUGAUGUUUAAUGGGCUUUUCAAUGACCUUUCUGCAGAACAGGCAACUGCACUAUUGAGCUGUUUUGUGUUUCAAGAGAAUUCAAGUGAGAUGCCCAAACUAACAGAACAGUUGGCUGGACCACUUCGACAAAUGCAGGAAUGUGCUAAAAGGAUCGCAAAGGUUUCAGCAGAAGCAAAACUGGAGAUUGAUGAAGACACUUACCUAAGCUCGUUCAAGCCUCACCUGAUGGAUGUGGUGUAUACCUGGGCAACUGGAGCCACAUUUGCUCAUAUCUGCAAAAUGACAGAUGUCUUUGAAGGCAGCAUAAUUCGUUGUAUGAGGCGCCUGGAAGAACUGCUUCGACAGAUGUGUCAAGCAGCAAAAGCCAUUGGAAACACGGAGCUGGAGAACAAAUUUGCUGAAGGAAUCACCAAAAUCAAGAGGGAUAUUGUAUUUGCUGCCAGCCUCUACUUAUAGAUUCAUCAUUAAUCACCACCUGUCUGAUCACAGUUGACUACAAAAGCUUACACAUGUUCAAGUGGUUCUCCCAUCUCAAGAGUUGGUUCAAGCAUUUUAUUGUAUUUAAAUUGGAUCUCAUUCUAAGAAGGCAUGUAACAUACACAUUUGUACAUAGCAUCUUUCAAUUAAAAAAUGUACAGGUGGGGCAGUGUUCUUAGUGGAAGGCUUGAUAUUUUUAAAUCGGAUUAUUAGAUAAUCAUGUGUUAAAUGUAACUAUAUACACAGGUAAAGUGGGUGUAUCCAAGAGGUAUAUAGCAGCAGUCUUGUAAUGGCCUAUACACCAGAAAGUAAUAUGUAUCCUCCCGCCUUCUGCCUCCAGCGGUUUCCUUUAGAAGCUGGCCAGUUCCCCACACCCUUCAAGGAUGGCGAUUGCUUGAGUAUGUGGUGGCGGUGGUUUCAUGUAGAGUUGUAUGUGAGUCAUCCUCUUUUCUUUCUUUGUAAGAAUGUCUGAUCUUGAAGAAAUCUGAUACAUACACAGCCUAUAUAGAAGAGGGCAGAAUAUUUAAUGGUAUAUAAUAAUUUACAUAAGUCUAAAAAUAUACAAGAUUUCAGGAAGCAAUUAGGAACAUAAGAUAAAACUGGCUAGGCUGGUGGUAGUGGUGUAUGCCUUCAAUACCAGCACUGGACAGCCAGGGCCACACAAUGAGCUGCUCUCUCAAAAAAAAAAAAAAAGUAGCUAAAAGAAAAAUCUUUUGAAGAAAAUUCUUCCAAAUGUAGUUCCUUUUUAAUAAAUAAAAUAUUUAUUUAUAAAUAAAAUAAUAAACAAAAUAAA